GAAGGCUAACUCGCGCAUGAAGCAGCUGAAGCGUCAGUUGGAGGAGGCGGAGGAAGAAGCGACGCGCGCCAACGCCUCCCGCAGGAAGUUACAGAGAGAGCUGGAGGACGCCACAGAGGCCAGCGACGCCAUGAACCGUGAAGUCAACACGCUGAAGAGCAAGCUCAGACGUGGCGGCGAUUUCACCCUCAACGUGCGCCGCGUGGCCCGUGGCGGCCUGGACAGCGAGGAGGACAUGGACGUGACCAGUGAGACAUCCGAGACCACACCUGAGUAACACCUGUAUCCAACAUCCAAUCAGAUCGCUUCAAGCCAGGACAGCUGGGUGUCUCCUUUAUUCCUCCUUUAAUCCAUGUUUUCGUCACGACAGUAACAUCUGCAGCUCGUUCUGUACCUGUAUUAAACAUUUCAAUAGCUGUGCGUCAAAACGUUGAGUUGCCAGAUCAUUCAAAUAUCCUGAAAUUGAAAUUAUUGAAUUAAACUUUAAACAAUUAUCAUGUAAUAGUAAUAUAAGCGUAGCGAGUCCAGCUGUUUAGUAGCUUUAAAAUCAAUACUGAUGCAGAAAGUGUCGAUAUUUUCCUGCAGUUAUGUUUAUCUGCUUUAUUAUUUUAUUCACAGCACAUAUCGUACUUUUUUUUUUUUUUUUUUUCCUGCCUUUUUUUUUGUCACAUCUCAAAUCACCUUUUCCUCGCCAUCACAGCGAUGCACUUAGUUAUUAAAUUUAUCAUCUGGUGAACAGAGUUAUUAACAAAUAUAUAAUUAUAGAAUAAAAUGAUCAGGUUGGGAUCCAUCCUGCAUGUAAACAGGUUAGAUUGGGAUAAACUCCACGUAAAUUAUUUUUAAAAUGUAAACUACACUGGGUUGGGGUUCAGAGGGUUGCCAGGUUGUGAAAGUAACCCAUUCAUGUGGGGAAAUUUGUUUUGUUUAGAUACACUGGGUUGCCAGAUUGGUCUGAUUAUCACACUGUUCAGUUUCAAUAUUAUAUGCUGUGCUUUGUUUGUGAUGAUUAGCAUUUAUUUUUACACUUUUGUGUUAUAUAUGUUAGAAAUGUUGCUAAAACACACGACGGAUGAGGCGUUCAGUCCUCUCUCCCAUCUCUCCUUUACAUCCGAGCUUCAUAACCACGUUUAUAGGCGUUUAUUAUCACUCUUUAUUCCUUCUGUUUCUCUCAGUGUUGAUUUUUUUUCCCCUUUCUCGACUCUAUCGAGAGAUUUUACACUCGUUUCUCUUCGUAUCGCUGAAGUCGGCUCCUGCGACUGUCUGUCCGAAUAACGAUCUUCUCACUGCGGUGUGAUUAUUUUUUUAACGCCACUUCUUUUGUACCUUUUGCAGCUUUUUGCAUUUUUAUAUUGCAUCAAAACUUAUUAAAGAUAUGACCAAACAUGAA